CAAUUAAAAACACCAAUACAUCAGAUCGUGCGAGACUUUAUGCCUUGCAAAAACGAUCGGGGGCAUUCGUAUGUAAGCGGUAUUUUAAUGCAGAUACUUGCGUAGUAGUCACAAAGAAUCACAUUGUAUAAGACCAAAGUCCAUAAAAAAGCCCUGUCUGACUCGCAAAACGCCAUAGACUCUGAUCACUUUCCGUGCCGAUCGGCCGCGCAAUCAUCAAAGUUUAUCUUACGGUGGCGAAAUGUGCUAAAAUCUUACUGUUCGGAGCAGAAACAAAACCAGUAUAGAUAUAGUUUAUAGUGUUUUAAAAGUGCCACGGCAAAUAUUAGACACUUUCACAGAGUGCUCCCCAACGUUAAUGGAAUAUCAUACACAAAGUGUUCAUAUGGGAAUAUAUAGCUUCGCUCCGGGCAGCGUCCAAUUUAUUCAUUGGCGACAUUUGAGCAAUGGAAGGACAGGGUCACACACUUAACCACCGUGUUCCAUUUUAAUUUCGCGGCUGUCGGGAAGUGUGAGCGCUAAUUGAUCGUGUGCCUGGAAUGCUAAUUAGAUGGUCGAACUUCACCUAGAACGGCCGAUUACUCAUAGGGUUCCGAGUUGAAUCUAUUCCAAAAAAGGCACAAUGACUGGAUCAGUUCACGAUCCGAAAUGGAGUCUGGAGCGCCGCGAGUCCUCUGGCCAUUUGGUGUGGCGCAAGGACUCUCCGGAAUCGAAAGUCCGGUUUCGCUUCGAUGUCGAGGUCCUGGAGUUCGAGAAGCAUCCGCAUGAGGAGCUCGAGGACAAGGAGGACCACUUCUCGAUCACAAGCCUCUCGGCGACAGUGGCCAUGUGUGCCACCUGCGUGGCCGUGGUGGCCGCCUCCGUUUUCCUGCCGUGGUAUCUCAUGGAGAAGGUGGGAUCGCUCUGAGGCCAGAUCCAUGACAAAGGCACAGGUUUCUUGUAUAUAGGUACAGCCUUGACGGUAUUAAGUAGAGUCUUGUACAUAAACGAGCGUAGAUUUAACUAUUUGUAAAUAGUACGUAAUUGUAAAUAGAACCAAAUCGCAGACUGUGUGGUUAUUAUAAAAAAAAGAGUUUGAAAACUCUCGGUGCAAUAAGAGUGCGACGGUGACUGCGCAUGCCAAACUAUAGAAUGUGGAUUGUAUUUUAGGAUGUGCAAAUUCUCAUAAGUUUAGUCUUAUGAAAUAUCACAAUUAUAGUUUAUGUAAUAAACAAAAUACUUGCCUAUAAA